GCUAACGGCAUUCGGCUGACCAUGGAGAGCGCUCUGACCGCCCGGGACCGUGUGGGGGUGCAGGACUUUGUCCUGCUGGAGAACUUCACCAGCGAAGCAGCGUUCAUCGAAAACCUGCGCAAGCGCUUCAAGGAAAACCUGAUCUAUACAUACAUUGGCUCCGUUCUGGUGUCUGUUAAUCCAUACAAGGAACUGGAAAUCUACAGCAAACAGAACAUGGAGCGAUACCGCGGUGUCAGCUUCUAUGAAGUUUCUCCUCACCUCUAUGCCAUCGCAGACAACUCCUACCGCUCCCUGCGCACGGAGAGGAAGGAUCAGUGCAUUCUCAUCUCGGGGGAGAGCGGCGCGGGCAAAACCGAGGCCACCAAGAAGAUCCUGCAGUACUACGCCGUGACCUGCCCUGCCAGCCAGCAGGUGGAAACCGUCAAGGAUCGUCUGCUGCAGUCCAACCCCGUCCUGGAGGCCUUUGGAAAUGCAAAAACCCUUCGGAAUGACAACUCCAGUCGGUUUGGCAAAUACAUGGAUGUGCAGUUUGAUUACAGGGGGGCUCCUGUCGGGGGCCACAUCUUGAACUACCUCCUGGAGAAAUCCCGAGUUGUGCAUCAGAAUCACGGCGAGAGGAACUUCCACAUUUUCUACCAGCUGCUAGAGGGAGGGGAGGAGGACUUGCUGAGGAGGCUGGGCCUGGAGAAGAACCCACAGCAGUAUCACUACUUGGUAAAGGGUCACUGUGCCAGGGUCAGCUCCAUCAAUGACAAAAAUGAGUGGAAGAUCAUGCGCAGAGCCCUGUCCAUUAUAGGCUUCAAUGACACUGAGGUGGAGGAUUUGAUGAGCAUUGUGGGCAGUGUUCUGCACCUGGGCAAUGUGCAGUUUGCUGCUGAUGAGCAAGGAAAUGCUCAGGUCACUACAGAGAAUCAGAUUAAAUACCUGGCUAGGCUCCUGGCAGUGGAGGGCUCAGUCCUGAGGGAUGCACUGACACACAAGAAGAUCAUAGCAAAAGGAGAAGAGCUGGUCAGUCCCCUGAACCUGGAGCAGGCAGCCUACGCCAGGGACGCGCUCGCCAAGGCCAUCUACGGCCGCACCUUCUCCUGGCUGGUCAACAAGGUGAACAAGUCUCUGGCUUACAAGGCAAAAAAGUUUCCAGGCUGGAGAAGUACAACGGUUCUAGGAUUGCUUGACAUCUAUGGAUUUGAGGUUUUCCAGCACAACAGCUUUGAGCAGUUUUGUAUUAAUUAUUGUAAUGAAAAAUUGCAGCAGCUCUUCAUCGAGCUCACACUAAAGUCAGAGCAAGAGGAAUACGAGUCAGAAGGCAUCGCGUGGGAACCAGUUCAGUAUUUCAAUAACAAAAUCAUUUGUGAUUUGGUGGAGGAGAAAUUCAAAGGCAUCAUUUCCAUCUUGGAUGAAGAGUGCCUGAGGCCUGGGGAUGCCACAGAUACAACAUUCUUGGAGAAGCUGGAGGAAACUGUGAAGAACCACCCUCAUUUCCUCACGCACAAACUGGCUGACCAGAAGACUCGCAAGUCGCUGGGGCGAGAGGAGUUCAGGCUCUCACACUACGCUGGAGAUGUCACCUACAGCGUCGCAGGUUUUCUAGAUAAAAACAAUGACCUUCUCUUCCGGAACCUGAAGGAGACCAUGUGCAACUCUGAGAAUCCCAUCAUAAACCAGUGCUUUGACAGGACAGAGCUGACAGACAAAAAGAGACCUGAAACGGCAGCAACUCAGUUUAAAAACAGCCUCUCCAAACUCAUGGAAAUUCUGAUGUCCAAAGAACCUUCCUACAUUCGCUGCAUGAAGCCUAAUGAUGCCAAACAGGCUGAUCGAUUCGAUGAAGUCCUGAUCCGACACCAAGUGAAGUACCUGGGGCUGAUGGAGAACCUCAGGGUGCGCAGGGCUGGGUUUGCCUAUCGAAGGAAAUACGAAGUUUUCCUGCAAAGGUACAAGUCACUGUGCCCAGAAACGUGGCCCACGUGGGAUGGACGGCCCCACGAUGGGGUGGCUGUGCUGGUGAAGCAUCUUGGCUACAAACCAGAAGAAUACAAAAUGGGACGGACAAAGAUUUUUAUCCGCUUUCCCAAGACUUUGUUUGCAACGGAAGAUGCUCUGGAAGUGAGGAAGCAGAGCCUGGCAACGAAAAUGCAGGCCACGUGGAGAGGCUUCUACCGCAGGAAGAAAUUCCUGCACAUGAAACACUCAGCUAUAGCCAUCCAGUCCUGGUGGAGAGGAACCCUGGGACGCCGAAAAGCUGCCAAGAAGAAGUGGGCAGUGGAGACCAUCAGAAGGUUCAUCAAAGGUUUCAUUUACCGGAACCAUCCUCGCUGCCCCGAGAACGAGUAUUUCCUCGACUACAUUCGCUUCUCCUUCCUGAUGAACCUCAAGCGCAACCUGCCAAAAAAUGUCUUGGACAAAUCGUGGCCAACUCCUCCCCCCUCACUCUGUGAGGCGUCGCAGCUCCUGCGCCGGCUCUGCAUGCAGAACAUGGUCUGGACCUACUGCAAGAGAAUCAGCCCCGAGUGGAAGCAGCAGUUGGAACAAAAAGUAAUUGCUAGUGAGAUUUUCAAGGGCAAAAAAGACAAUUACCCUCAGAGCGUUCCCAGACUCUUCAUCAACACUCGACUGGGGAAGGAAGAGAUAAAUACUAAAGUCCUUCAGGCUUUAGAAAAUGAAGCAAUUAAGUAUGCAGUUCCUGUGGUCAAGUACGACCGGAAGGGCUACAAGGCCAGAGCACGGCAGCUGCUGCUGACCCAGAGCGCAGCCAUCAUCGUGGAGGAGUCCAAGAUCAAACAGAGAAUCGACUAUGUCAACCUGACAGGCAUCUCCGUCAGCAGCCUGAGCGACAACCUGUUCGUGCUGCACGUGCGCUGCGAGGACAACAAACAGAAGGGAGAUGUUGUCCUGCAGAGUGACCAUGUGAUCGAGACACUGACAAAAACAGCCAUUCAGGCUGGCAAAGUCAACAAUGUCAACAUCAACCAGGGCAGCAUAAAAUUCACAGUUGGGCAAGGGAAGGAAGGCAUCAUCGACUUCAUCUCGGGCUCAGAACUGCUCAUAGCCAAAGCCAAGAAUGGGCAUCUAACAGUGGUUGCUCCUCGGUUGAAUUCCCGAUGA